GUGGUGCUGGCCGAGGGUGGUGCCCGGUGGUGUGGCGGUGGCGGUGCGGGGCUGCCCUGGGGGACGGGGGCGAGGAACAAUAUGGCCAAAAGGAAGACGUGUCCGGAGGGGGAGACACCAGCGCCCUGUAUUUUGGUGUUCGUCCCGAGGGUGUCCGUGUUCCCAGCCCCCAGGCCCAUUUUGUAGCCCCCCGGUGUAGUAGUGUUGGUGGCAGGGGCGCGAGGGGCGAAAAAGUGAUAACCCCAGGAGGUGGUGGGGUCCAAGGCCUCCAGAUAUGAUAGUGUUUACAGUGGCGGCCUGUGCGGGAAGCCCGGGGCAGGCCUGCGGAUAUCCGUCGUCUUGGCCGGGCUGGCGAGGCUUUUGUCAAUGGACCAACAACCUGUGGCUCGGCUUACUAGUGUUGCCUGCCCCGGCUGCACAGCAAGCGGUUAAUUCUCCAGUGGUUUGAAGUGAAAUAAUGUCAGAAACGGCUUUGAAAUUUGGCCCCGAGUGGCUGCGAGUCUUGUCCCACGGCGGUAGUGUAUCCUCUCCACCCCCCAGCCCAGGCGUCAACAAGAUGAAGCAGAGGGCAGAACAUCGUUAUGGUCGGGAAGAGAUGUUGGCACUCUUCAAUAAGCAUCAAAGUCCACCAGAUGGAAUGCAGGCGCUUGGCUCGCUGUAUGUCGACAAGGCUCAAGAACCACUGGCAUUCAUACCCAUGAACGAGGAAGAACAGCGUAUGUGGCAGAGAGGGGUAAACAGUGACGUCGUGCUUCGUCAAGCUGGGCGCGCUCCUGUCAAUGGGGUGGGGAGAGGCAGGGGAGGCAGUGUGGAUCGGGGACGGGGGCGCGGCCGAGGAACUGGUUCUUAUUACACGCGUGGGCUCAGCUACGACGAAGAGGUGGAACCACGGGGCCCGAAAGAAGGAGGACCACCUGGCAUUGGCAUUAGAGGUAAACCGUACGAGAGGUCGCAGAGUGUACACGAGCAGAGGCUUUGGAACGAGCGUGCUCCUGCUGGCACAGUGCCCAGUGUUGGCGUUGUGCCUGAGGACCGCAAUGGGGCAGUGUCACCACGGAAGGAGCAAGGGCGGGCCUCCAUAGAAAACUGGAGGUCCCGGGGUGGCGAAACCGAUGAUAGUGAACGCUGGAGGGGAGUUGGGGGCAACCGGGGUGAAAAGUGGGGUCCUCGUGGUUGGCGCGAGCGAGAGAAUGGACUGGAAGGUGAAUGGGAGGAGGGUGUGGGGAGAGGCAGCACUCGAGGGAUGCCUGCCUCAGCUCGGGGCAUGCGCCAGCCGUGGGAAGAAAAAGAUGGGCAUUUCCGCAAGUCCUGGGAUGAAGACAAUUUACCUGAAUGGUAUAUUGUUCGGUCAACUGAGAACCCUGAUGAGAAGGGUGGAAGCUUUGAUGCCUCAGGCGCCUUCCAUGGCCCGGGAUGGUCUGACGAGGAGGAGCCCACAGCUGAGGGACGUGGCUGUGGCCCCGGCAGACCCAGACAGAAGUCCUCCAGCCCCGACAAAGGCACACUGCCGCCUGAAAGCUCUGGAACUGACAAAGCUGAGGGUGGCAAGAGCCAGGAGGACUGUGAGGCAGGAGAUGAUAAGGCACAGAAGAAUGGGCUAGAGGAGGAUCCUCAUCCCGGGCUGUCCCCCAUGAAUGGCAUGGACCCUGUCCAGUCCCAUCAUCCAUCUGUUGAUUCAAUACCUACUGAGGUGCAUUUCUUUAAGAUAUAUGGAACCACCAAUGAAGAAUCACAGGGCAGGGAAGAGAACAGGGGCAGCCCUAAUGAGAUGGAGCAGAGUGCUGUUGUCCCUGAACCCAUGAUGAAUGGUGUAGCUUCAGAGGAGGAGAGCAGCAGCAGGGAGGUAGCACCAGCCCAGGGUUUCCAGGGUGAAGUGGGACCAGUUCCAGCACAGGCACAGAAUUCUGAUGAUCCAGAACCUGUGCCUGGGCUGGGAAGGGAGCACCAAGGGGAGGAGGAGAAGCUGGAGCACAUGCGAAGUGUUGCAGAUGAUUUGGUGGCAAAACUUGUCGAAGAGGAUGAUCCCCGACCGCGGUCUAACACUUCCAACCCAGGAGUGACGCCCCCAGGGCAGAUGGGACCCAUGCCUGACCCAGGGGCUCAUCCUGCACAGACUCCUGGAGAUGACAAGUGGUACUACACGGACCCUCAGGGAGAGAUCCAGGGGCCCUUCUCAUCCAGCGACAUGGCAGAGUGGUAUAAGGCUGGCUACUUUACCCCGAGCUUGCUGCUGAAGCGUGAGUGUGACGACCAGUUUGCUCAACUGGGAGACCUUACCAGAGUGUUUGGUAGGGUGCCCUUUGUACCUGGGCCCCCGAUUCCUCCCCUCAAGGUACCAGAGCUGCUGGCAGCACAGAAACAGCAGGCGGAGAGAGAACGCAUAGAGUUGCUGCGCACCUACAUGCUGCAGAAACAAGUUUAUGAACAGCAGCUUGCUGCUAGUCGACAACAAGUGUUACAAAAGCUACAGAGUCUAGAGGAGUGGAGCUCCCUCAGCCCCAUACAGCAGCAGCAGCUGUUCAUGCAGCACAUGACCAUGAUUCCUGCCCACCCACCCAUACCCCCCACAGUGCCUCCAUCCACUGCCAUACCUCAGACCACCCAGGUGUCAGCUCCCAUCCCUGACCCCAGGAUUGUUGCCGGACCAGACCCCAGAAUCCUGCCGGGCCCUGCUGGACCACCAUCCUCAAAGCCUCAGGACCCAAUACAAGCCCUUGUUGCACAAAUGCAAACGUCCCCUGCUCCCAGUAGCACAGCCAUGACUAGCUCCUGCGACGGGCUGCUGACCUCCCAGCUAACAGCAACAUCCAUGGUAGCUGAAAACCCUCUGCAAAAAUUGUUGAUGCAGCUGCAGAGGGGACAGCAGCCUGGAAUGGGACCAAUGGGAGGCCCAGUGGGGCCCCUAGGAGUGGGUCUGGCAGGAGCAGGAGGAGUGGCAGCGCCCCCAGUGGCCACUCCAGCCACCACCGUGCCAACAAUAGAGAAGCCGCCAGAGCAGCAGUUUGAUGCUAUCCAGUCCCUCAUGCAGCAGCUCACCAGCAUGCAGACACCCUCCCAGGAACAGAUGCAGGAGGAGCAGCGCAGGCGUGAUGAAGACCAAAAACGAUUAGAGGAGGAGAGAAAAUUAUUGGAGGACCAAAAGAGAGCAGAGGAAGAAAGAAUUAAGAUGGAAGAACUCAGGCUUAAGGAGGAACUGAAGAGGCAGGAGGAGCAAAGGAGAAGCCUGGAGGCCCUGCGACGUCAGCAUGAGGAGGAGGCACAGCGACUCGAGGAGGAGAGAAGGAAGAUCAUGGAGGAGCAGAUGAGAAGACAGGAAGAAAUGAGAAGAAUUGAGGAGGAAAAGGCCAGAAAAGAAGAAGAGCAGAAGAAGCUAAAAGACCAGCAAAUGAAUGAAGCCAAGCGAAGACAAGAGGAACAGCUGCGCCGGCAAGAGGAACACAGGCGACGGCAAGAGCAACAACAACAACAGCAACAACAACAGCAGCAGCAACAGCAACAACAUCAGCAACAACAUCAGCAACAACAUCAGCAACAGCAACAGCAGCAGCAGCAGCAGCAACAACAACAGCAUCAACAGCAGCAACAACUACUUCAUCAACAGCAGCAGCAACAGUUGCUUCAACAGAAACAGCAAGAGGAAGCGGCUAAGAGAAAAGAGGAAGCAAGGCGACAAGAGGAACUCCGGAGACAGCAACAAGAAGAAGAGAGGAAAAGGCAGGAGGAGGAAAGGAAGAGGCGUGAAGAGGAAGAGGAGGCGAGGCAGCAAGCUCAGAUCCAAGAGGAGAUGAGAAGGAUUGCUCUUGAGGAGGAACGAAGACACAUGCAGCAGGUGGAAGAGGAGGAGCGGCAGAGGCAGGCGGAGGAGGAGGACAGAAGGCACCAGCAUCUUCUGCAGGAACACCUGAAAAACAUUCUGCCUGCCUGGAAUGCUCAGUCCCCAGCCCCAGCCCCAGAGACCUCAGCGCCUUCCUUGGCAGACAUUCAGCGUGCACAGGAGGAGAAGGAGAGGAAGGAGCGGGAAGUGGAGCUCCAGAUGCAGCAGCAGCGGCAGAGGGAGGCCCAGAGACAGGCAGCAGAAGAGGCACGCCAAAAGAACUCAGGCCUCAAGUGGGCUGCCAAGGCUCAGGCCAACCCGUCACCUGCCCCUGUAAAGUCCCUCCUAGAGAUUCAGGCUGAAGAGGAGAAGGAGCUGAAGAAGCGUCAGGAGAAGGAGGCAGCUGAACGUGCAGCUGCUGUGAGUCACAUGAGUUUGGGAGCAGCAGGCGUCUGGGGAUCUGCCAUAUCCAAUCUCUCCUGGGCCAGCCGGGCCUCCAGCGUGGGGAUGACUGCACCUGGCCACCAGUCUAGUCAACAGUGGGGUGGAAACAGUGGUGGGCAGCCAGCUGGAGGUGGUUUGUGGAACAGCACCAACCAGCCUGCCACUGCAACCACCACCACUGCCACUGCCGCCGCCGCCGCCUCCAGCCCCGGUCACUCCGUCUGGAACAACGACCACUCAUCCAUCUGGAACCACGCGGACAACUCUUCUUCCACAGGAGGGUUUUGGGACAACCCUGAACCUGCCAAACCCAAGCCAGCCAGUGGAAGAACUCCCACCAAGCCCAACAACCAGAACCACAGCAAGAGUGGAGCAGCGAGUGCACAGCACAACAACACCAAUGCCCGGGUGAACAAGAAGAAGGGGAAGGAUGAAAGUGACAUGGUGAAGAAGUUGUUCACAGAGAAUGUUUCUCAGGCAGACAACUUCACCCAGUGGUGCAAGUCGUCACUCAACACCAUGAAGGUUCAUGCUUCAAUUGACAUUCCAACCUUUGUAACCUUCCUGGCGGAGGUUGAGUCCCCAUACGAGGUUCAUGACUACAUCCGCUCCUACCUUGGGGACAGCAAGGAGGUAAAGGAGUUUGCCAAGCAGUAUUUGGAGCGGCGCAGUAAAGCUCGCAACGCACAGAAGGAGCGGGAGGUGGAGGACGACAUCCUGGCGCCGGCACCAGCAGUCAACCCCAUCACUUCUGAGUUCCAGGAGGUUAAGGCUCGAAGCAAGAAGGCCAACAAGAAGAAAAUGCAGAAGGUAGACAGCAGCAUACUUGGCUUCAGCGUGACCUCAAAUGAGCGCAUCAAUGUGGGGGAGCGGGAGUACGCUGAGUGAGAUGGGCAAGGUAGUGGAAGGCUUGUCAGAAAAUGUGAAAUGCAAAUGUUUGAGAUGAAACUGCGUAGUAUAUGAAACUCAUGGCUGUGUUAAUGGAAGUUUGAAUUCUAUGCACAAGAAAUUAAAUGAAGCUAUCUUUUGUUGGUGCCCUAUUGAUUUCCAGUGGAGAAUUCUAUUUUCUCAUACAGUCAUGUAUAACUGUCACUCUUUCUGUCUUGGUUUAUUUGACCUACAACAUUUAUAAAGCUUUCUCUCCCUUGUCCAUGCUUCACCAGAAUUAUUUCCAGCAAAAAAUCAAGCAGUAGUUGAAUAAACAUUGUCCCAUCAGCAAAUUGACCAAAACAUUGUAGAAUGGGUGUAAAAUAGGUAAAAAAAGAGAUUUGAUGUCCACUGUCAGUCUACUUGCCAUGGUAUGGAUGUAAUAAGUAGGCAAAGGGAAGCUACUGUUCACUUGAAUGCCAGGCACACUACCUUGCCCUGAGUGUUGACUGUGAGCAGGUGGAGCGUGACUCUGUAGUGGCACGUAUGGCUGGUUGAGUGUUGCUUUCCUGCCUUGUCUCGUCUCAAGCAAAUCUUUCAGGAAAGUAUGAUUUAGUUAUUGAAGUCAAAGUUAUCUGUGAUAGUGGCCUGCUUACACACUUAGGCAAUAUGAUCAGAAUGUCUGAAUUUUAUUGAAUAAAACUGAAGGAUAUAUCUUGGAAAACCUGUGCUUGUUUUUCCAUGUUCUGCUGUAUGGAGGAUGAAGUGACAUCAGGGAAUCAUUACUUAAGGUUCCAGAGACUGCUGCUCAGGUGCAGAAAACUUUACUCAGCAAACACAACUUGGAGCAAUUUUAUUAUUGCAGUGACUGGCUUAAAGUUUCUGUAAAAGCAAAAUUAUAAUUAAAUGCUGAAAAAAAGGCAUUUACCAGUCAUAACUUUUUAUGGAACCAAAAAACUUUGCUAUGUAAUAACAUGAACAUUGAUUCAAAAGUGAAAAAUUACUGGUUAUCAUCAAAGUUUUGUUUAUGAUUCCGUGCCAUUAAUCGUUACUAUCAAUGUGGUGCCAUUGAUUUAUAUUUUUGAGUGUUCUGCUAUUCAUGAUCCUUAAGCCUAGCUGAAGCAUUAGGGGCAAAAGAACACCACUCCAUGAAAACAUGUAUACCUGGCUUGGGUUUGUGAUGACAGAGCCCAAAAUCUCUAGAGGAAACAUAGUUUCUUUAGAUUAUAACUAAGAAAAACAACUUUUCAAUAGCAGAACAUGGGAAACUACAAUAAUUAUGCUGGGGAUCCCUCAAGUGAAAAACAGCAAAACUAGUACUUCCAUGGGGCACUUUGGGAUCUUGUAAUGAUGUCAACCUUCAUUACAUGAUGGUGAAGUAGUCAUGACAUACUUAAUGAUUGAAACUUGACAAACUGCCAAAUUAAUUAUAUCACUUGCUCAGUAUUAUUCCAAAAACUGGCAUAGUGUAUUGAUUUAAUCUUUCAGAACUUAUGUUAGCUAACCUAUUUUAUUGAUUUGGUCUUUACAGAAAAUAUGUACACACUGUAGUUUCAUCUUAUCACUACACAAUUCUCCUCUCAUACAGACAUGACUGUCAUGAUUACCAUGUCCUUGAAUUUUGUGUUGCCAAAAUGGAUGCCUAUGACUCAAUCCUUGCAAACUUCUUCCUGUGCUCUCUACUUUCUAAGCUCUGGCAUGUAUAGUUUGUCCUUUGGUGGUUGAUAAAUAUCCCUGCCAACCCCCUUCUACACUGGAAAAAUUCAAGUAAAGCAAUCCAUUCUUUUGUCCUUUAUCUACCAAUCUGUGUCAGUGCAGGAGGGAAGUAUGUAAAUUUGUAAAAAUACUCGGGUCAUUUCUAACAUUUGCUCUUACUAGAUAGAAAAUUUAACUUUCUUUGCUAAGGUAAAUUACAAAAAAAAAAAAAAGCACUCUGAAGGGUAACCUUCACCUUGUAGAGUGGUGGAUGCCAGGGCUUGUGGCUUGCUGGCAAUCUUGAAGUGAAUGCUUACACUUGAGUUGCUUGGCAAAAGGUGUAUCUUGCUCCCAGGGAAACUAGUUAUCAGGUUAUGCCUAAGGUUGUAAUACAAAAACUACUAUUUUUGUUAAUACAAGCAUGGAACACUUUGUCUGACAUUCAGACUGUAUACAAUCAGGAGUCAGUGGUUGUUAACACAUAGCUUUGCAGUUGGGUAAUUCUUGCUCUGUACUUAAAUUUCUAAAAUUUUAUUGUUAAGAAAAACCCUAAGUGAAACCAAUAGAUGCUAUUAAAGAGAACUAAAUUUACUUGCUAUCAGAUGAAGGGAACUCAGUAUUUCAGCUUAAAGCAAAUGAGUUGUGUGGUUUCUUUUAUACUGAAUGAAAGUUGCUUUACCAUUUUGAUAUUAGAAAGUGUAAUGUGAGCUGCCUGAUCAACUGAUGAGCUGAGCUGCUUUAUCCAGAGCUGUGGAGGCGGAAAAUGGAAGAGCCCGAGAGAAAAAGCUGCUGUAUGACAGAAGGGCUGCCGCUGUUACUCGACAGAACUGACACCACUAAAUCAGUAUUACAUUUUGAAACUCAGAAGGCAUGAAAACUUAAGUGUGUGUGCAUGCACGGGAAACUCACUUGUGCUGCACUGUUUGGGUGUGGUCUUCCGGGGUCAGUGGUGUGUGAGACUGUUGUUACGGGCAAGAGGACUGUGCCUAUGUUGUUAAUACAGAAAUGUUUUGGUGCUCAAAUCCAGAGAUUCUGGAAUCCUUAAUACAAAAGAAAAAGUGAA